CCCCGCGGACCGCCCGGCGCCGAGGCCCCGGCCUGCUGCCUGCUGAUUGGCUCACUUCCUGCCUCGACUCACUUCCGCCCCGGGCGCGGCGCACGCCACGCCCAUCUGUUUUGCGGCCCUUGACACUUUGUUUGUGCGGGGAUUGUUGCGUCUGAUAACUGGACUCAGGAGGGACCGCCCGCUCGGCUGGCGCUAAGUCUCCCGCUCAUCUCCACAAAAAUGACGGCGUCCUGCGCGCCGUGCAGAGCGCCUCCCCGCCGCCACGAGCGUCCCGUCCCUUCCCGGAGCUUCCUAGGGAUCCUUCUGGUGGCCCUGGCGUUGCUGCUUUCCACGUGCUCGGAUGCCUGUGAGGAGCCACCAGAAUUUGAAGCUAUGGAGCUUGUUGGUGUACCUAAACCCUAUUAUGAGGUUGGGGAAGAAGUAACCUACAGGUGUAAAAAAGGAUAUUUUUAUGUGCCUCCUCUUGCCACCUAUACUUUUUGUGAGAAGAAUCAUUCAUGGUUUCCUGUCUCAGAUCAACCUUGUUUUAGAAAUGCAUGUCCAUACGUAAAGGAUCCUGAAAAUGGCCAAGCACUGCUGGCAAAUGGAACUUUUGCAUGGGGUUAUCAGUUGCACUAUAGUUGUAAUACGGGUUAUUACUUAAUUGGUGAAGCAGUUGUACAUUGUGAACUUAAAGGAGAGGAGGCAGUUUGGAGUGCUAAGCCCGCAAUAUGUGCAAGGAUUUUGUGUCCACCACCUCCAAAAAUAGAAAAUGGAAAACACACCUUUAGUGAUGUAGAAGUAUUUCAUUAUCUUGAAGCAGUAACUUAUAGCUGUGAUCCUGCUCCCGGACCAGAGGAAUAUUCACUCGUUGGAGAGAGGACGCUUUAUUGUGCUAGCCACCAAAAAUGGAGUAGUGAUGCUCCCGAGUGUAAAGUGGUCAGAUGUCCGUUUCCAGUGGUCGCAAAUGGAAAACAGAUAUCAGGAUUUGGAAAAACAUUUUCCUACAAAGCAACGGUUAUGUUUGAAUGCAAUAAAGGUUUUUAUCUUAAUGGCAGUGACACUAUUAUCUGUGGUGGAAAUAGUACUUGGGAACCCUCAAUUCCAACGUGUCCUAAAGUGUCAACUCCUUCCACUGCAAAACCUCUAAAUUCCAGUGUCUCAGGUCCGAAGCCUACUCAUCCCACCAAGCCUCCAGUUUCAAAUUAUCCAGGAUAUCCCAAUCCCAGAGAAGGACUAUUUGACCUUGAUGAUUUGGAUGCAUGGGUCAUUGCUCUGAUUGUUGUUACUGCACUUCUUGCAGUUGCAGUAAUCGUCGUCGGCCUGUACAAAUUUCUUCAAAGGAGGAAGAAAGGGAAAGGAGAGGUUAGAGCUGAAUACACCUCUUACCAGCAUAAGUCAACCACUCCAGCAGAGCCCACAAACUGAACAGUUUCCACAACCUGCUUUACCAAUUUAUCUCUGAUACUGUUAAAAUCUUCAGAUGUACAAUAGUUCUUCUUUAGUUACGUUCUCAUGAGUGCAACUGUUAAGUCAUAAUUCUAACAUUUUUAUGUCGCUUAAAUGUAGUCACCAUCCUUUGAUGCUUCUUUGAAAUGUGUAUGAAUUUGGGUGUGAACAUAUUGCCUGUUUUUCCUGAAAUAACAUUUGUAUUUAUAGAGCAAAUCAACACAGCAUCCACGGUAGUAUGAAGGU